AUGCCCGACAAAAGCCCAGGCUCCGGCUGUCCUGUGGGAACCGCCGAGGGGGCCCUGGGAGGAAGCCCCGCCGGCUGGCAGCCGAGGCCGGAGGCUUGGGAGAGGCCGGAACGGCCGCUUCUGCCCUUUAAAGCCCGCAGAGCCCGGCACGCGCUCCGGACCCCGACAGUCUCUCUGUUAGAGCGGGAGCUUGUGGGGCAGCGUCUGCUCUUCUCUUUGGAGGCGGCUUGCACCGUGGUGUAUGGGGAGCCCAUCACUGCCAGCUUGGGGACCGACGGGUCUCACUACUGGAGCAAGAACUGGGCCAAGGCAGCUGCUUUUGUCACCUCUCCACCUCUGAGCCCCGACCCCACCACGCCUGACUUCCUUAACUCCUUGCUCUCUUGUGGGGACCUUCAGGUCACUGGCAGCGCCCAUUGUACCUUCAACACCGCCCAGAAGGCUGUGGGGAAGGAUAAUUUCACCCUGAUUCCUGAGGGCACCAAUGGAACUGAAGAGAGGAUGUCCGUCAUUUGGGACAAGGCUGUGGUGACUGGAAAAAUGGACGAGAAUCAGUUCGUGGCUGUGACCAGCACCAACGCAGCCAAGAUUUUCAAUCUCUAUCCCCGAAAGGGCCGCAUUGCGGUGGGCUCUGAUGCGGACCUUGUCAUCUGGGACCCUGACAGUGUCAAAACCAUCUCAGCCAAGACUCACAACAUCUCUCUCGAGUACAACAUCUUCGAGGGCAUGGAAUGCCGAGGCUCUCCGCUGGUGGUGAUCAGCCAGGGGAAGAUCGUCCUGGAGGACGGAAACCUCCACGUGACUGAAGGGUCGGGCCGCUACAUCCCCCGCAAACCUUUCCCCGACUUUGUUUACAAGCGCAUCAAGGCCCGGAGCCGGUUGGCAGAGCUGAGGGGCGUUCCCCGGGGCCUCUACGAUGGGCCGGUGUGUGAAGUGUCCGUCACCCCCAAGACAGUGACUCCGGCCUCCUCCGCCAAGACUUCUCCUGCCAAACAACAGGCCCCGCCUGUUCGGAACCUGCACCAGUCUGGAUUCAGCUUGUCUGGUGCCCAGAUUGAUGACAACAUCCCUCGCCGUACCACCCAGCGCAUCGUGGCUCCUCCGGGCGGCCGUGCCAACAUCACCAGCUUGGGCUAGAGCCCCCCAGUCAUGGAGCAGCAGUAGCAGACUGGGAAGGGGGGUGCGGGGUGGGGCACCUGAGGACAUUGGGUUUUGUUUAUUAUUAUUAUUAUUAUUUUUUAGAGCCUGUGAUAGUUACUGUGGGGCAGCCAGUCCAUGGGGCUCCCUCCUGGGUCCCCCACUCGGUCCUCCUUACCCUGAUGUCACCGAUUUUUGCUCACCCGUGUUAAUCCACUUUAAUUAGCAUUACAUACAUGUUCACACACCGACCCCACAGACAGAAUGGGAUACGGCCCCUCCAGGGUGCAAAAAUCAAUUGUACAAAAAAUCCCCGGCGCACAUUGGGCGGUUUCCAUCCGGGAUCCCCGUCGUUCUCCCAAGCAUCGCCCUUUUCCCUGGGGAAGGAUGAAGUGAAUUCCCGAGAGCUGCCUUUUUUUCCCCCUCUGAGGAGGAGGAGGGCUGGGGCGGGGGAAGUGCUUUCACCAGGUGGUGUUGGAAGACCUGAUCCGCCAUUAACUCAAGAGCUUGGAAUCGUUGGCGAGUUUGAGACGCGGUUUUAGCGGCUGAGCGAAUGGAGGUGGUAGAACGGCGGUUCCCCCGCCCAGGGUGGCUCCAGCCCGGCUCUGUGGGCGCUCCGUACCUUUCGGUCUCUUUGGCCCAGAUGUGGCCCCAACACCCCCCUUUGGGGUCCCCCUCCCUCCUCUCUUUUUGGAGCUCUUGCUUUGGUUUUGUCUAAGUAGCCCCUCUCUCUCCUUGGCUUCUGAGAGGCCGCCUGGCCCCCGGGAAGAGUCCUGGAUGUCCUGGCAGAGAAACUGGCCCUCAUUCUCUGUAGACGGCCUUGGCCAAGCCGCUAAGUCCUUCGCCCCUCUGUUUCUGGGGGUUUGUUUAGACGCCAUUUUCCCCCCUUCCCGGCCGCCUCUCUCCGGCCCUGGCAUUUUCCAUCAUUGCCUGUGAAAACAAACCGAUGGCCCAUCUCUCAAUGCCCAGCCGUUCCCUGGCACGUAAGAUGCCGCCGAGCCACCCACGAGAGCCACGGGCCGCCGGAAUCAUUUUUCUUCCAGUCACAGGGACGGGGUGGCCAAAAAAUCGGAGUUUUCCCCACCCCGAGCAAAGCUAGUUGCCUACCAAGGCCGUCACGCCACCGACCGGCGACUCCUUAACACCCCCUGCCCGUCGGCUGGGCUAACUCGGCCCUUGGCCAGCCCGCCGAAUAGAACGGCCCGAUGAGUUGGAGGCUGGUUCCGGAGUGUCCUCUGAGCUAUUUGCCCCAGAGACACCCUCGGAGGAGCUCAGGACCCUCGGAGGCUCGCCUCCUUGGCAGAGGGCCCCCCAAGAACAGCCUGCUGCCCGGUCCGGCACUUUUACCUCCGGAAGCCAUCUUGGUAGAAGAACGAUGCGUCGAGGCCUUAGAAACGCACCCACACAAAAGUCCUUGGGGGUUCGGACACAGGGGAGUCUCUCAAUUGGCAGAGCGGGGGGGCCAUGCCUUUUUUUGUUGGUUUGUUUUAAAGAAAAGGCGCUUCCUUGCGCCCGGACAAACUUAACACAACCUUGGUGGGAAGCCACGUCCGGCAAACUUCCCUUCUCCGGGCCACGCUUGCGCCCGCGGGUCGCCUCACCUUAGCACUGCCUGGCGUCUUGGUGUCGUGGGUUAGUUUCCAUUAGCUCAGUCUUCCUCCUUGCCCUCAGUCUCUCCCGUCACCCCGAUACGUGUGGCAUUUAUUUCUGUGCGUGUCGACAGGUUCUCUUCCAAAAGGGGUGUCUGUAGGUUCUUCAGCAAGCCACGAGAACCCACAUCUGCCCUUCUCGGGUAGAAGCCGCGAGCCCUGUCUGGCCGCUCCUCUCGUCUGUCCAGAUCAAUUAACUUGGGGUUCUUUGGAUUGUUUUUCAAUUUUUUAAAAGAGGAAAAAAAGCACUUUAAAAAGGAAUUGGCUAACUUAAAAGACUCUCUAGUCCUCCCCCCUUUUUUUCUUUCCUUCCCCACCUGCCCUCGAAGGAAAUCGGAACAAGGUGGCCCAAACGAAUCUUGCUUCCAUUCUGAGCCGUGUUGGCAGCCUCUCUCCGGGCAUUCACUUGAGUCUUCCCUUUUUGCCUCCCACAUCGACUCAUGCCAGUUUCAGUUCUUUUGGUGGUUUUAGGAAAAAUAAAAGAAAAAUCCCCACAAGCGAACAAACAAGCAACCGAAUAGAUAAUAAACGAAUCCGCCAACCCCAACGCUGUUUGCAGGCUAUGUAAGCAUGCUCCCCUGUCGGCUCGCUUUGUGUGUCUGUUUAAUGAAUGUCCUAUGUAAAUGCUAAGAGAAAACGACAAUGACUUGGAACGGACUAACCGCAGUGACUUGAUGCUCUAAGACAUUGUAGGAUCGCGGACUAGCUGGAUUUUAACCCUUGGCUUUGUGAUUGUGAACCCCGAGUGAAGGAGCUGUAAGUGCUAAAGCUGAUCAUGUGUGUAGACAAACAGUGCUUUUCCCUUUUCUUUUUCUUUUUCUUUUUUUACCACUGUCUUAAUGGCAAAAUAAUUAUGGUAAAAAAAAGUCGUGUUUAUUAUUCCUUAAGAACUCUGUGUAAUAUUACCAUGGAAACACCUAAUAAAGACAAAUGUUGUUGUUUCA